AUGGGGAGGGGGGAAGUGUUGAUGGGGAAGUACGAAGUCGAUAAAAAUUUAGGUAAAGGUACUUUUGCAAAGGGUUAUAGAGCAGAGAACCUCGAAACUAAUAAGAUUGUGGCCAUUAAGGUACUCGCCAGAGACAAGGUUGAGAAAGAAGGAUUAGUUGAUCAGACCAAAAGAGAGAUAACAAUUAUGAGAAUGCUUAAACAUCCAAACAUAGUAGAGCUAUGUGAAGUCUUGGCCUCCAAAGACAGGAUCUAUCUAGUCAUGGAAUAUGCGAAAGGUGGUGAGCUCUUUCAGAAAAUAGCAAAAGGAAAGCUGGAUGAGGAAGAAGCUAGAAGUUACUUCCAACAGUUGAUCACCACGGUUGACUUCUGCCACAGGAAUGGUGUUUACCACCGCGAUAUGAAGCCCGUGAGCUUGCUGCUAGAUGAAAAUGGAGUGUUGAAGAUUUCGGAUUUCGGUUUGAGUGCGGUCGCUGAUCAGAGGGAGGAUGGUUUACUGCAUACAAGUUGUGGCACUCCUUCGUAUGUAGCUCCCGAGGUGUUAUGCAAGAAACUGAAGAAAGCCUAUGACGGAGCCAAAGCUGAUAUGGUCUUGUGGGGUGAUCUUGUAAGCACCAUUGACUGGUUAUCUUCCCUUCCAUGAUUCAAAUCGAAUACAUAUGAAUGAGAAAUUAUGUGCAUCAGAGUAUCAAUGUCCCAGGUGGUUUUCAGGUCAGGUGAGAAAGCUCUUGUUUGGUACCCUCAACCCUAAUCCGGAUCGA